AUGUCUUCCUCCAGAUUGGGGCUUCGUUUGGCUGCCUGUUUACUAAACAUUUCAGAAGCCAGAAGAAAACACAUUGUUGAGAACAUAGCAAAAGCAGCUCUUCUUGGAAAAAAUGGGAGGAAACAUCCUGAAGUAUCAGUACUCAAUAUAUUUUCUGAUCAAGACUACAACAGAUCAGUCAUUACAGUAGUAGCUUCUGUUGAUGAAUUAGGCCCUGCUGAGAGUCUGGUUCUGCACGUUCCGGGCAGCAGCGUGUUUGUUUUUGGGGAGGCCGACCUGCCCGAGAAGCGCACCCUUGUCCGGAGAAGGAAGCAGCUGGGCUAGUUCACGAGGAGGGACUUCGGUGCUCUGGAACCUGACCUGGGAGCCGCACCUGCCCGAAGAUGUGGUUUAACAGCUUGCUUCAGGGCGUUGUGA